AUGACGAUCAAAGACGUUACUCCGAAUCCAAAACGGAGCUCCUCCUCAGACGAUGCUGCUGCUCCUUUACUACCCAAAUCCAAAGGAGACGAAGCUGCUGCUUACGAUGAGUUCAACGGAGCUUCCUUCAGCGGCGCGGUUUUCAAUCUAGCAACGACUAUAAUCGGUGCUGGCAUCAUGGCCUUGCCGGCAACGAUGAAGAUCUUAGGGCUUGUGCUUGGGAUCACGAUGAUUGUCGUCAUGGCUUUCUUGACUGAUGCGUCUAUUGAGUUCUUGCUUAGGUUUAGUAAGAUUAAGAAGAGUCGGUCUUAUGGUGGUUUGAUGGGUGAUUCUUUUGGGAGGCCUGGAAGGGUUUUGCUUCAAGUUGCUGUGUUGGUUAAUAACAUUGGUGUUUUGAUUGUCUACAUGAUUAUUAUUGGUGAUGUGUUGGCUGGAAAGACGGAGGAUGGGACUCAUCAUUAUGGUGUUCUUGAAGGAUGGUUUGGUCAUUAUUGGUGGAAUGGAAGAGCUGCUAUUCUUCUUAUUACUACUCUUGGUGUCUUUGCUCCUUUGGCUUGCUUCAAGAGAAUUGAUUCUUUGAGAUUUACAUCUGCUUUAUCAGUGGCUCUUGCGGUUGUGUUUCUCGUCAUCACUGCUGGAAUUUCGAUCAUGAAGCUGAUCAGUGGUGGAGUGGCGAUGCCGAGAUUGCUUCCUGAUGUUAGUGACUUAACAUCCUUCUGGAAUCUCUUCACAGUUGUACCUGUUCUUGUCACCGCGUUCAUUUGCCACUACAAUGUUCACAGCAUACAGAACGAGCUUGACGACCCUGCUCAGAUAAGACCUGUGGUCAGAUCAGCUCUUAUGCUCUGCUCAUCAGUCUACAUAAUGACAAGCAUUUUCGGCUUCCUCUUGUUUGGUGACGAUACUCUUGAUGAUGUCCUUGCAAACUUUGACACAGAUCUCGGCAUCCCUUUUGGCUCUGUCCUUAACGAUGCAGUUCGAGUUAGCUACGCUCUUCAUCUCAUGCUAGUCUUCCCCAUUGUUUUCUACCCGUUGAGGAUCAACAUAGACGGGCUCUUGUUCCCUUCUGCUCGACCAUUAACUACCUCAAAUGUGAGGUUCGGUUGCCUCACUGCAGGUCUCAUCUCUGUGGUCUUCCUAGGUGCAAACUUCAUCCCAAGCAUUUGGGAUGCGUUCCAGUUCACUGGAGCCACUGCUGCUGUUUGUCUCGGUUUCAUCUUCCCUGCUUCUAUUAUACUAAAGGAUCGUCAUAGCAGAGCAACAAGAAAGGACACGACAUUAGCUGUUUUCAUGAUAGUUCUUGCGGUGUUGUCCAAUGCAAUCGCUAUUUACAGUGAUGCUUAUGCUUUAUUCAAGAAGAGCACACCUCGUGAGUAA